CAGCAGGAAGUUCUCAGAUCAUGUAGGAGCCAGGGAAGGGUGAUUGCCUUUUUAAGAGAAAAUUUGGAGGAUCCCAGGGAUCCCACCCCUGGUGAGACACCCCUGAAUGAGUGCCGAAUUCUGCCUGUCUACUCUCUUGGGAACCAUCUUCUCUGAGCCAUGAGGCCCCCUUGGCACCCAGCAGGGCUCCUGAGCAGCUAACAGCAGGUGCUAACUCUGUAAGAAGAUUUGGGGAAGCACUGAAACUUCUCAAGUUCGAAGGGACACCCUAGAAGCCCCACCAUUUCAAAGCAGCCCUGAGGAGAUGGUGCCCUGCUCCUGCCCCAGCUCUGUGCUCUGCCUCCUCCCCUCCCUGCUGUUCCUCCUCCAGCUGCCCCCUGGGGGGUCCCAAGAGAGGUUCCAUGUGCUUGGCCCCCCACACCCCAUUGUGGCAGAGCUGGGCAAAGAUGCCAUCCUGCCCUGCUCCCUGGACCCAGUCAUGAGUGCAGAGAACAUGGAGUUGAGGUGGUUCCGGUCCAAUAUCUGGGAUUCAGUGUUCACCUAUCAAGAUGGACAGGAAUGACAUGAGGAGCUGAUGGCCCAGUACAAAGGGAGGACCUCGCUGGUGGGGGAAUUCUUCAGUAAGGGGGAAGCUGCUGUGCGCAUCCACAGAGUCCAGGCUUCUGACAAGGGGCUGUACACCUGCUUCUUCAGCAACGGAGUCUUCCAUGGGCAAGCCAGCUUGGAACUGCAGGUGGCAGGUGUGGGCUCUGCCCCUCAAGUGCACAUCAUGGGGCCAGAGGAGGACGGGGUGCCUGUGGUGUGCACGACCUCAGGCUGGUUCCCAGAGCCCCAGGUACAGUGGAGAGACACCCGUGGGGAGCAGUUCCUGGAGUUCUCCAAGGUCAAGGCCCAGGACACUGAGGGGCUGUUCAGCAUGGAGGCCACUCUGGUGGUGAGAGACAGCUCUGUGGGGAGCGUGACCUGCUCCAUCCUCAACCCUGUCCUGGGCCAGGAGAAGGCCAUGGCCUUUAUCAUCCCAGAGCCUUUCUUCCCCCGGGCCUCUCCCUGGAAGCCAAUUUUCCUGGAGAGACUGACCUUGCUGCUGAUCCUGCUCCUGGGAACUGCCUGCUACACCUGGAGAGAAUAUUCCACACAGAUGAGGGAGCUUCAGGAACAGAGGAAUCUGUAUCAGGCUAAUGAGGUGGACAGACAGGCAAAGGUGGAGGCCCUGAAUUACAAAGAUGAACUCCAGGCAAUUCUAGGCCAGAGGAAGGCAGGUUACCUGGCUGCCCUGACUUUCCCACCAUGGUGCCGACUUUCUAGUCAUCAAUGCAUCUCGUUCUUGGUCAGAACCUGGAAGGAAAGCAGCUGCUCCGGGAUUUUAUAACCUGGAGGAAGGCCCAGCUGUAUGCAGACAUGCACUGUGUACAGUCAGAAGCGCGGGAGGGUGAGAGAAUUCACCAGAGCCAGGGCGGGGAGCAGAGCAGGCAGAAGGACUGAAGUACACUGCUGAGGGGAGCAGCGGGCGGCAGGAGAGGUCUGCGUGCCAUGUGGGACCCUCCUCCGGUGGCCGGGGAGCGGCCGGGGAGCAGCCAGGGAUCGAACCAGCGCUGCAGAGGCUGCUGGCAGCUUCUCCACCCAGCACUCAACUGCUGCGCCACCGGGGAGGCCCUAAAAACC